CGAAAUACCGUGAAGUACGCGAAUGGAGAAUACUGGUAGUUCAUCGGUUCGAGGCACUCUUGCAACGAAUUAUUUUUUCAUCAAGCAAAAUCAAUUUCUUUGAGUUGGACAUUUUUUCAUGAGUUUGCUAUUCGACAGCAAUGUCGAAUUGCAUAAAAUAAUGAAUGAGUCGUGCCAAGUUCACAUGAGGUAGUGACAUAACCUGGAACAUUGCGAAUUACGCAGAUGACAAAAUUUUGAUACAAUGUCUGAAAAUGAUGCAACCCAAAGCGGGUCCAAUGGGAAACUGUCUGCGCUAUCUCCGUUGUUAUCGAAGGUACCUAAAGGCAAUUCCAAAAUAUUCAUCCUCACUCCCGAAAUCUUGCAAUCUCUCGGGAUAACAAGCCAUGCCGGAAUCAAACGAACUGCUUCUGCACCAGCGAAGAAAGAAGAUAUCGAUAAUUCAAAGACAAUAAAAUUACCUGAAGUGAAAGAUAAAGGAUCACGAAAAGAAACAGACCGCACAAAGCAAGAAACAAGUUCAAGCAGCUGUCAGUACAAAGAAGAAUCGAUCUCUAGUACCCCAAAAAUGAAGAAAGCAAGGCAAAAGAGGGCUGCUGAGACUCUUGAAAAACCACAGAUGGAUGAAAGGAGCAACAACAGGAGCAAGGAGGAUAUUAAAACAAAAUUGGAAAAUACUGCCAGUAGCUCAAGGACUACUAGACGCGUAGUCAAACCAAAGAAAUUCGAUGACUAUGUUGUGACGGAUGAUUAUCUUGCUACAACUUUACCUAAGGAUAAUUUUGUCUUCACACCACCAGCCCCUAAACGAGAACCUCGUAGAUCCUUGCCCAAUCUGAAAAAAGACAAAGCUCUAACUCAAACGUCUAAUACAGCAAACGAAAUGAAAGAAAAAGAAACGUUGGGUAAAAUAAAUCCUGUGAAACAAAAUGAAUCAAACAAAACAGUUGAGAAGAUUAAUGAGCGACAAGCGAGCUUUGGCAAACCCAGAAGUAAAUCCGCUAGUGAGAGUUCCCUUGUACUAUCCAAAACUUUAAGUUCAACUGAGACUAAAAUAAUCAGGACGUACAAGAGACGAAAUUCGCAAGAGCAAAAACAAAAUAAUGACAAGAGGGUAGAAAGUGAAAUUCCUAAAUGUACAAAAGCGCAAGAAAGCGCAGCAAACUUUAUUCGUAAAAUUCACACAUAUGCCAGUCCCAAAAUGAAGAAACAAAUUGAACAAGAAAACCAGAAGGGAAUCUCAAAAAUUCAGGAAACAAACGAAUCGGUGAUUCUGAAUAAAAUAGCAGAUCCGGAAUCGUGUCAAAAUCAAAGUGUCUUUGACAGCGAGAAUAAAAAACAUGACUCAAGCCAAAAGGUAGAGGAAAUAAAAACCUUAAAAAAAAAUGUUCCAUUGAAAAAUAAUCUAGAAUCUCCUGACAAAGUCGUAUUUAUCGAAGGAGAACAAUCAGGAAAAGGAGACAUGAUCUCCGAAGAGAAAAUGAAUGGUACCAAAGUCUGCUGCUCCUUGGAAAGUUCGGUUGUUCCUUUGUUUGAGUCAAUUGACUCACAGUCACCCGCUAUUGACACAAAUACAACGAAUGAAGCUUCUAUCGCAAAAUCAAAUCUUCCGAAAAUCCCUCGCGGAACAAAAGACAAAUGUACAAAGCCACGGGGAAUUAAAUCUUGGAAUAACGACAAAUCAAAACAUCUGGAGAAGAUUCUUUCUCCAGAAUUACCGGAGAAUAAAAAAAUCUGUCAAAGUCCCAAAAAACUUUCAGCAGAUUUUUCUAGCAAUGCGGAACAGACUCGGAUUAAGAAAGACAAAAUUAUGACCGUAGAGCCUCAGGAGAAUUCUAGUUCAAACUCGGACCUCUGCGAAGCUCAAGAGAAUAAAGAAGAAAUGAAGAAGCCGCAUAAAAUGAAAUGUUCACCUCCGUUGAAAGUGAAACCUCUUAAAAGAAUAAAAUCUCUGCCAAAAAGGAAGGAAAUAAUUUCGAAAUCUAAUAUUGAAAAAUAUUUAGAUAAACAUGAAGCGAGUGGUUCUAAAUUAGAUGAAUCAAAAUCACGUUCCAAGGAUGAAACAAAAAAUACAAAGCGCCGUUCAUUGAAGUCUCGGCCUGAGGAUCACGUUACAAUUUCUGAGCCUAAGACAGGAUUACUAACAGAUAAAAAAAAAAUUAUAGAUUUUAAUCUCGUUCCGGACACCUCGGGCACAGAUAAAAUGAUUUAUUCGGGCAAAACACCAGAUGUUUCCAAUACUGCGGAGGUUAUGUCCGAGGCUCACAAACUUGCAGAAACAAAUGACAAUAAAAAUAUCAGAAAGAAUGCGUCAAAAUUUCCGCAAGGGGCUAAAGUUCUCGAUCAGAAUAAACGAAUUUCUUCGAGCUCCACUGUACCGAAACGAACGAAUGAAAAGAGAAAAAAUAAUUCAAAGAAUCACGAAAGCCCGAAGGAAAAAGACAAAAUCCGUAAACUGUAUUCCACGCCCAUUUCUGCUAAAGAAAAUGAAGCAAUCAGUUUGGAAGGAACAUCCAAAGAUCCACACCACAUUGAAAUAUCUGCUGAUAAGGUUACGAUUCAACCGGAGCUGGAUACGCCAAUUUGCCCGGACAAAGAUGAGGUGGUAGCUUCGAAGUCCGAUUCGACCUUCUCUAACGAAAAGGCAAUAAUUUUAACGAAUUCUCAUGAAUCGGAAUUUUCGGAUGUAGAAUAUCAACAAAGAUUAUCCGAACAUGCAACGAACACAGGAAAAGACUCCACACCGCUUCCUGAAAUCGUCUCCGGUAUCGAAAAUCCAUCGAGUAAUACUGCAGACUGUAACAUCGAAGAAAUCGGUUCUACUGGUUUUUUGGAAUUAGCAAAUGAGAGUUCGCGAACCGACCUGAAUCCCGAAGCAAAUGAAUCGCCGGACGGACCGAAAGUUUCACGAAAAAGAGGAAGACCAAGGAAGUCAGAAACUCCAAAACAAGUUCCAGUGGAAACAAGCAUCGAAGUGGAAAAAGUGAAUAUCCAGGACACCAAGGAAAUAGUAGCUGGAGCUGCUGAGGAAAAUAUCGGUCGCGUUAAGAAACCUGUACAACGAGACAUCAACGAAAUCGAUGGAAAAGGUUUAAGCGAUGGAAGCGACGAUGAGUCCACGACGGAGGAAACUAUUUCAAGACGUCGCCGAGGACGACCUACUGGUUCAAUACCGUACAGCAGGACCAGAGGACGUGGAAGAGGCCGUGGUCGAGGUCGGGGUCGAGGUCGUGGACCCACAGAUUCUGAAUAUAUUCCUAGAGAACGACCGUCUCGGGAUCAAAAAGCUGUUGACAAAAGUACCAAGGAGCUUGAUGUAGUCGACGAUUCGCAAAAAUCUCAAAUGAUUCCUCCGUCUGUAGAAGUCGAAUGUGGCAAGUGUAAAGAAAAAAUGCCAAAAAAGUCUUGGCCCCUACACAACUUGAUGACUCACAAUGACAUGGGUUGGCUGAGUGGUCAACCAGAACCGGACUUUACGGAUGAGAAAUUUCUCCGUUCCGUCUUGGCAGCAGUGGUGCGAAAGAAGAAAGGCAAAGGGUUUUUCACGUGCGAGUUGUGCGGCGAUAUGAAACGUAGUGCCAUCGGUUUCAUUUCGCAUUUACAGUUUUGCGGAAAAACGGAAGAUGAAAAAACGGCACUUAUGGUGAAAUGCCCAACAUGCGGGAACGUAAUGAUGUCAUCUUCGUGGCCGAUGCACGAACGAUAUCACCGACAACUGAUGAAAGCCAAAGAUGAGUUGACGGUAGAAGCCAAAGAGAGUCCCGGGCCUCGCAGAGGAAAGCGCAAAGCAGCUGAAAAAGCAGCGACUAAAAUUACCGAAUUCACGGAUCUCAUCAAAGAAGACGAACCACCCACUAAAAGACAGAAACUGAAGAUCGAAGAGAUCAGUCGUUUCAUAUCCCGACCCCGAGAUACGAGGAAUCCUCCGAAUCGAUGGAGAGGCUUAUGGAAAGUGGAUUUGAGUACGAAAGGAAAAACGAAUUGUCGACAACCCGGUUGCAAUUUUGUCACUGACACGCUAAAAUCGAUGUUCGAGCACAAUUCUAAUUGUCCCCAUGUUCCACGUGUGAAUUACUCGUGCAGAAUUUGCAAAUAUUUUCACGAGAAUGAGAAGGAAGUAAUGAAACACGUAAGAUCGAAUCACGCCGAGGGUAAAACUCUUCAGGUCGAUUCCGAUUUCGAGCACAACGAUACCUCCAAUUCCAGUGAUGACGACUCUGAACCAGCAGAUGAUAAGCCACCCAAAGCCAGUUCGACCCAAAAUCGGAGUGGAUCCAAUAGACACAAGCGUCCCCUUACACACAUCAAGUUUCUAGACAAGGAGGUAUCUGUGGAUCAAAAACGAUACUUCACACCAGCCAUUCGUUGGACGAUGGAAUUCGAACGUAAAAACUACCGUUUGAAGUUGUUUGAAAAUUUAUUACCCAAUCCAAUGGAGCGCCUGAGGGAGGAAGAUGCGCAAGUAUAUUUGCCGGAACUCGAAACUUCGAUGCGAGUUGGGGAAACAGCGAAACGAGGAAAUGAAAAAUCGAUCGAGUGGACAAGAUUUCAACGAUUUCAGGGAAAAACAAACGACGGAAUUCUCACGCUCUUCGCGGGUGGUCCUGUUUGGGCGAUUGCUUGGUUGACGAUUCCAGUGACUGUGUACAAUGAAGAAGUUGAUCAAUACGUUGCUAUUAGUACACAUCCGACCAUGGAGAGUGCUUACACCGUGGGGAAAUCCCAUGCUGAGAAAAAUCUCAUUCAAAUAUGGUCCGUUGGCCACUUGGAUCAUCGAAAAGGAAUGAAACACUCGGAUCCGCGUUUCGCCUAUGGAGUAGCGCACGAUAAAGGAACGAUUUGGUGCCUCGAAUGGUGUCCUUCCGGUUGCUACGACCACCCGAGCUUUCACAACAACAAACAAGAGAAGCAACAGAGCGAGGGUCCAAAAAGGAUGGGCCUGUUAGCUGCUGCAUGCUCAGAUGGCUGCGUCCACAUAUUUUCUCUCCCUUUUCCCAGUUGCCUUAAUUCUGACAAUACCGAUGGGAUUCAGGAAGCUUCACCCAUUUACAAAACAAAGCCUGUCCUGACCCUGUUAACAAAUACCGCGAUGUACGAAAGUGGGGAACAGACGUGGCAAUGCACGAAACUCAAUUGGAGCAAAGAGCUGGGGCACGAUACCAUCAUCGCCGGUUACACGAACGGUUAUGUCGCCUUGUGGAAUCUCAAUGCCGAGUCUCCACUCUUUGUCACGAAACGUGGCGAAACGACGCUCAUUGAUGCCUAUCAUCACUUUUUUGCUCACGGUCAUGCGAUUAGUUUUGUUCAUCUCAUUCCUUAUGGGCACAAGAGAUUCUGCGUUUCUUCGAGUUACGACCGAUUCACCAAAGUUUGGGAUCUUGAAGAUACGUCUUAUCCCCUGAGCACGAUCAAAAGAGGAAUUGCCAUGGAUGGUGCUUGGUUGACCCAUUGGCCCGGAUAUCUCACCGCUUACGAUGACGUGAUUGUUCAUGGUCACACAUAUUACAUCUUAUUGAGACAAUCAGCAGUCAGGAUUUUUCCUCUCUUGCCUAGCAAUUCAGCGACUUUCAGCGUUGAUACAUCGGACUAUGGGAACAGUGUAGGCCAUGGGACAAUGGCUGGUGAAGUUUUGGUAAUGUUCCCCCACCAUUUGUGGCACCUCCGCGACAUGGAGCGAAAUCUACCGAAAAGACGAUGGUUGGCCUCGAGCACCGAAGUCGUAGAUUUUGAAUCAUCCAAACUCGAGAAAGCAGCGAAUUCCAAAUCGAAAGAAAAGGACAACGAAUAUGUUUACAUGCCGGAAACUUAUGAAAAAUGUAAAGACCGCUUUGGAAUUGCAUUCCACAAUAAUUUAAAUCGCGAACGCAGUAAACAAAGAACAAGACCGCCAUGCGCCGAAAGAUUGGCACCAGUCAAGAUCGAGCAAUAUCCUUUCACCUCAGUCAAUCGGCUCUCGUGGAAUCCGAAUUCUUGGAGUUAUCUGUGGCUGUGCGUUGGUUAUCAAAACGGUCUGGUGCGAUUUUUCAACUUCAAUUCCAUUGACAUUGAGAAAGAAUCCAGGAAGCUGUUGCCGACUCAUGCGGAAGCAAUGCUCGAUGAAUCGCGAAGGAACCUGCUCGAGUCGGAAAACGAAAAUUUGUUGCCUUCCAACGCUAGUCAUACCAGCGAUAGUCAACGUCACAGUUGAUCAAAGAAUCAUUAACUCAUUCCAUUCAGCCAUUUUGAUUUUUUUAUUUAUUUACCUCGUUAUAUUCUUCGUUCUAAAGAUUAAUUUUAAUUGCGAAUUGAAAAAAUAAAAGAGAAAAGGAAAAUGAGAGAACACGACUCGGUUGAGAUGUCGUGUGAUUGAUGGCUGCGAUAUUUUCAAACUUUUCGAUGCUGUUAAUAGAUCAACAUAUAAAGCUUUAACCAGUGUUGAGAGUCAAGAGACUGUUUCCAAGUGAUCUUCACCGGGGAAACUUAAUUUGAUUAAAAAAUUAGUCUUAAUUUAUAAAACCGUGUUUCGAUCCAGAAUUCCUUUGCUAACUUCAAUAAUGUACACACAAUUGAAAUGUACACAUAUAGAUAGGAUUUGUUAUAUUUAUUUUAUACUGGAAAUCAUUGCGUUAAUAAAAAUAUACGAAACAUG